AUGACGACUGCAGACUUAAAAAACUUAUUUCAAACAAAACUAAAAGAAACUCCAGACCAUGAUUUUCAUCCAAUGGACUUAGAACGUGCAAAGGACGAGAAAUAUUUGAGAAGAGUGAUGAAACACACUGAUAAUGACCCCAAACUUGCUGCGGAUAUGCUUUGGGAUAUAUGUACUUGGAGGAAAAGUUCUGGUGCAAAUGAUAUUAAUGAGAGUAACAUUAGAAUGGACUAUGUCAGUGAUGGCGCUUUCUUUCCCCAUGGUAGAGACGUCGAUGGUUGUAUUUUACUUAUUGUUAAAUCUAAAAAGCAUAUUAAAGGAACAAAAGAUUUCGAAGAAAUCAAACGAAUUAUUAUCUAUUGGUUCGAUCGCAUUGAAAGAGAAGAAGAUGGCAGCAAAAUAACAUUGUUUUUUGAUUUAGAUGGUUGCGGUUUAAAUAAUAUGGAUAUGGAAUUAACAAAUUAUUUAAUUUCAUUGUUUAAAAGUUACUAUCCAAAUUUUUUGAAUUAUAUCAUCAUUUAUCAAAUGCCAUGGAUUUUGUCAGCAGCUUUUAAAGUUAUCAAGUCAUUAUUGCCAGCUAAGGGAGUAGAAAAAAUGAAAUUCGUUAACAAAGAUACUUUAAAAACUUUUGUAGCUCCUGAGCAAGCAUUAGUGUGUUGGGGUGGGAAAGAUAAUUAUGAAUUUGAAUUUGUACCUGAAAAUCGCAGUUCGGAACACACUCCUAAAAAGGUAACAUUCGCAGAGCAAGGAGACAACCAUUCUCCUGGAGAAAUGUUGCGACUUAACCCCAGUUCCUUGAUAGUCUUUAAAAGUGAAAACGAUGAAGUAUCUGGACAGUUUUCAAUAACUAACAUGGAUGAAGGUGCUGUAUCAUUUAAGAUAAGGACAACUUCGCCUGAAAAGUUUCGAGUUCGACCAAGUUCUGGCACAUUAGCUAAAGGCGCUACCCAAACUAUAAUUAUUGUAGUCCAACCAGGCUUCCAACUUCGAAAUGAAAUGAAAGAUAUGUUUUUAGUUAUGUCUGUUCAAACACCCAAAACAGAUCUCACACCAAAGGAGAUAAAUGAGAUAUGGAGCAAUUCUACAGGUAGCCAAGUUGAUGAGUAUCGACUAAAAUGCCAGUUUCCAGUGAAAGAUUUGCCUAAAAAUGGCAAUUUAGAAACCAAGCAUGAUAAGCCCGACUCCGUCGCAAAUGCCUUGAAUAAUCUUCAAAUGAACUAUGAAAUAUUACACCGCCAAGUUGAUAAGUUAAAACUUUAUCAGCUCUUCACAUUUAUCCUGACUGCCAUAUCUGUUGUUUUAGGAUAUCUUAUUUACCAAAAUUCCAACAACAAUGAGAGG